AUGUUUACCGACAGCCAGACAGUUCAUGGAUCAACUUCUCUGUUAUUCAUAAACAGAAGUCGAAAAUAUUGUCUGUGUCGUUGGUUGCAAAAUUUCAUAUUAGGAUUUUUAAUUUUUAUACCAUUGUUUAUGCUAUCAUGGUAUAUUGCAAUUAAAAUACGAUAUAAAAAUAAUCAAUGUAUUAGAACGUACAAUAGUUCUGUUUUAAAUACUAGUAAUAAUACAAAUAUUCUUUCACACAAUUUCACCAACUUUAAUCAACUGGCAUUACAUCAUUUUCAGAUAUUGGGCACUCAUAACAGUUAUCAUUCUGAAGUUUCGAUUUCAUCGCAAAUGGAUUUUGGUAUUCGACAAAUUGAAUUAGACGUUCAUAUAAUCUCUGGGAAGGGAGGUUAUCUUGUAUAUCAUUUACAAUUGAUAGAUGACUACACAAAUUGUUAUUGUUUAAGCGAAUGUCUACAAUUAAUAUUAAAAUGGAGUCAACGAAAUCGUCUUCAUUAUCCAGUCUUUUUAUUCAUUGAAAUUAAAAGCAUGUUCUAUGAAGAUAUGGUAACUGGUUUUACAGGUGUGAAAUGCGCACAUUUAGAAUCGAUAAAACAGCAAAUUUUAACAAUUUUCCCUUCUGAACGUCUAAUUGCACCCGAUCAAAUACAAGGAAAUUUCACGAGUAUAACUGCAGCAUUAAAACAACAAAAACUAGACGAAGUUCACGGCAAUUAUAGCUAUCACGGAUAUGGAUGGAUGCCUCUUGCGUCUUCACUAGGUAAAAUUAUGCCAGUGUAUUUAGAUGAUGCUCAUAAUAUAGCGGAUCGACUGACAUGUUUAACAAAAAAUCCCAUCGCUGCAUAUCGAUUCUUUUUCAUAGCACAAUCACAUAUUGACCGUUCCUAUGCAGCUAUUGUCGUUCUGAAUACUAUUACAACAAAACAGUCCGAAACGGCCAUCAAAACAAGUCUAGCAAAUGGUAAAAUCAUUCGUACAUCGAUUUUCUCAAAUUACAAACUGUAUGAAAGAGCAUUCGAACUAGGUAUACAUAUCAUCAGUUUUGAUUUCAAAAAGUGUAUCAUAGACCCACUAUCUACACCAUAUUGUAAUAAUUUACCUAAUGGCCUUUUUCUUAACAAACCUCUUGUGUGUAACUCGAGAACGGCCCCUAGAUUUUGUGAAAUAUCAGUGAAUCAAGUUGGAGCAAAUGGUAUUCUAUUUUAA